CGAAUCAGUUGAGAUCGGACAUUUGGUAGACAGCAUAGGCGAUCAGACAAGUGAGAGAUUAAAAUCCUGGUUUGGUUUCGGAGACGACACUGCAUUUUCUCAUAGGAAUUUUAAAUGAUUCUUUUGUAUAUUUCCAGGACUCUUUCCUGUAGUUCUUUCUCGAAUUCCGAUACAAAUUUCAUUCCUUACACAUUAGAGUUAUCACAGCAAUAAAGACGAUACGUAAGGAUAUGGAGUACCAUCUACUUUGUCUUUUUUUUAGAACAUAAAAUGAGAAUUUUGAAAGAAAUAGUUAUUUUUGUUACAUUGCUGACCUUACCACAAACGUUAGCUGUUAUGCGAAAUGCGGAGCAGGAUUUGAUUGACUAUCUGUUUACAAAUUACAGUAAACAAGCGCGACCAGUAAUAUUGCCUUCAAUUUCAGUGAAUGCAACAUUUGGUAUUGAGCUUGUGCAACUUAUCAAAGUGGAUGAUAGAAAUCAAUUUGUAACAACAAAAAUGUGGGUUCGCCAGAAAUGGACAAACAUGUUGUUGAAGUGGGACCCAAAAAAGUUUGAUAAUCUAAAGACUGUUCAAGUUGAAGGACACUUAGUAUGGUCGCCCGACAUUGUUCUUUAUAACAACGCUGAUGAUUCAUUUACUGGUGGUACGAUCAAAUAUAAAACAAGAAUCUCUUUACACAGUGAUGGCACUCAUGUUUGGUUAGCACCUGCUACUUUUACUAGCACGUGUGAUAUCGAUAUAAGAUACUUUCCUUUUGACAAGCAAGAAUGUAAGAUGAAGUUUGGUUCCUGGACCUUUGACAAAGGGGGCAUUUCCUUAUCAAAAGAUAUCAGGCCCCUGAUCACUUCGCAAUAUGUGAAUUCAUCAGAAUGGGAUAUUGUUGGGACAAAGAAUGUUAUCAAUUCCGUCAAAUAUAAAUGCUGUAAGGAACCCUUCAUGGAUGUUACGUUCACGUUGAUAUUGUUACGAAAACCACUUUACUAUGUUUUUAACGUAAUUACGCCAUGUUUGGUUCUUGUUACGACAAUUUUAUUUGGAUUUUUCCUACCACCUGAAAGUGGAGAACGAAUUUCUCUCACUAUCACAAUUUUACUUGCAGUUGCUGUGUUUUUGCAGCUUGUUAGCGAUGCAUUACCUCGCAACUCCGAUAACAUUCCGGUACUUGCUAUAUUCUAUAUGGUUGUAAUGGCCGAAAGCGCAUUUUCGCUCGUUACGACAUGCGUUGUUCUCAUUAUCCACUAUAGAAGUGACGAAAAGGGAACAACUCCCAUGCCAGAAUGGGUGAAAGAUUUAUUUUUGAGAAAGUUGGCAAAGUAUUUGGGGAUACGCGUCACCUGUAAUCUGGAAGACGGUCACUUUCAAGACGAAGUAUUUCACUAUGACAACAAGUUGAACAACAUUAAUGGCAGCUUAAACAAGUCCAAUAUGGAAAAUGGCGAACACAAAAAUCAAGAUAAUAACGGAUUUUAUUCAAAUGAAGUUGAGAGAAGACAAAGCGUGGAAUUGAUGAUGGCAGAACGAAUGAAAAUGCGAAAUGGCGAUGGCGACGAAACUGAAGAAAACACUUUGGACGGCAUAUUGAAUGAGGUGAAAAUGAUUACGUCAACAAUACGUCACAAACAACAACGGGAAGACACGCAGGAACAAUGGCGUAUUCUAGCGAAAGUUCUAGAUCGAAUCUUUUUCUGGCUGUUUUUGCUGACAGUGUUUUUAUCAGCAAUUUGUAUUCUCGUCCCAGUCUACAGAAUUAACCAUUAAAUGGCGGGAAAAUACACUUGAACGUCUUAAGCGUUGAAGCUUGAAGAAAAAUUUAACAGGUUAGCAAAAAAUCUUAGUCGCCCACGUAAAAGAAGACUUUGUUAGUCAUUUUCAAUUCUAAUUGAAGAACGAAAUGUUACAUUAUUUUUUGUAUAAUCACAGCAUAUAUGGUAAUUAUUAUUAUUUAUUUGUUUUACGUUGUAAAGUAGCGACCACACAACAAUAUUUUCUUGUUAGUACUUAUAAAUUAUUCUUCUAUGUUUUGUUCACUCUCAAUAAAGUUAAUGCAUCGGGCGAGUAUGGUUCCAACAUAAAA